UUUCUUUUUUCAGUUCAUUAUCCUCCAAGUACCUGUCCAAGGUCGCAAUUGACCGUGAAGUGGAUGAUGCUCAAAUACUGAUUCACCAGGAUGUGCCUUAAACUUUAUCGUGCAACCAGGACAAUGAUAAUCGUGCCGAUCCUAGUGCUUGUGAGUGUGGUGGGUGCGAACGUGAACAUCACGGAGGUGACCAGCGGACAAUCCCGGAUGGCGUGGCUCCGGACUCUGAUGGACCACCACGACUGGCCGGCGUAUGUGGACAAAGAAGGCAUCGCCCUGCCUCCACAGUGCAAGGACGACCUCAAGUCCUAUUUUGCGGCUUUAAAUGAUGGCAAAGUGUGGGCUUCUAAAAUAUACGACGCGUCAGGGCAGUACAACCAGAACGUGAUGUUCGGCAACGAGUACUGGCUGGGCUCACUCAGCUCGUGCCGCGACCUGCAGCUCAAGCAAUACUACGCGUCCACGCCGCCCUUCGACACCAAGUUCCACAUGGUCAGCAUCAACGUCACGCUAGACGAGGAUCACUUGCCCCAGAGCAGAGUGAUUCUGGUGGGCGAGUGUCUACCAGCGUCGUGCAAUAAGUCGGCCAUCCUGGCUAUCAUGAGCGAGGCGGAGACCGCGGCUAGCGCGCGGGCGGCUGCCGCUGGCCUGCCGUCCUCCGUCAGAACCGUCGGCGUGCGGCCUGUCCCCAGCUCCUACAACGUACUGCACGACACAAAGCUACAUAUUUUAGGCACCGUAUCCUUUAUAGUUUUGUUGCUGAUGGUGACGGCUUCUUGCUACGAGGGCUACUUGGAGCGCCGAUUCAAACAGAGCACCGACCCGCGCGACCUGGAGCUGGCACAACACGAUAACAACAACAAACCGGUCAGCGACGGCACACAUCAAGCCGAUGGGAACUCAACCAAAGACAAUGAAGACAGAGACCUUCGCCGGGAAACUUGCGGGACAUGGACCGAGGUGCUACUGUCGUUCUCGAUGCUGUCGAAUGGUCGCGCCAUCCUCAGCACGCAUCGCCCCACCGACGGAGCGCUCACUUCACUACAUGGAAUCAGAUUCUUAUCGGUGGUAUGGGUGAUAAUGGUACAUACUUACCUGACUGUAUUCUACAUCUCUACGAACAAGACAAUGAGAACUAUAAUAGAACGGAACUUCAUGUACCAAUCUGUUGGCAACGCUUCCUAUUGCGUGGACAGUUUCUUCUUCAUAAGUGGCCUACUUGUUACAGUCCUGUUCCUAAGAACCGAAGACAAAAAGGCCGCAAGAAAAGAAGAAGUGAAGCAGCAGAAAGAUAAACAGGACAUUAACAAAAAUAUGAACGGUUACACGAAUUCCGCUUUAUCGGUAUCCGUCAUAAGCCAGAGUUCGUUCUGUCAGGACUUACUAGAGAAACCUAAAGGAAAGUUAUAUACGAAGGGAGAAUUUUUCAGUCUAAUCAAGAAUUUUGUGGUUCUGUUUUUGUAUCGAGUUGUGCGACUGUCACCAGCGUACGCCUUCGUUAUUGGUUUAAACGAGAUCACUCUUCGGUAUACCAACUCGCACUCAGUGUUUGAGCCGGCACAGUACGACCACGUCACUUGUGACCAGUUCUGGUGGAGAAAUCUACUCUACAUCAACAACCUGUACUCGCAGCGUGAAAUGUGUAUGGUUUGGUCCUGGUACAUGGCCAAUGACACGCAAUUUUAUGUCGUGGGCAUAAUAUUGCUGUUGAUAUCAGUGAAGCAUCCAAAGUUUGCUGUGGGCUUGCUGGGCGUUAUUAUGGUGAGCUCCUGGGCCACCACCAUCUACAUCUCCGUGUCGAGCAUGUACAAGGCUCGAAUACAGGAGCCGUUUGAAAUGUUCGACGGGCUGUACGACAAACCCUGGUCCAGAAUCGGUCCCUAUUUAGUCGGUAUGAUUGUGGGCUGGUACUUGCACAAGACGAAGUGCCAGGUGAAGAUGCCAUACUGGCUAGUGGCCGUGGGUUGGCCGGUGUCGCUCACCAUCAUCGGCAGCCUCAUCUUCGGGAUGGUGGAUGGCUACUUUGAGAUCUGGCCGACCGCUUUCUACGUCAGCGUGGGACAUACCGCGUGGGGCGUGGCGCUAGCCUGGGUGAGCAUCGCGUGCUGCUGCGGGUAUGGCGGUUUGGUCAACUCGGUGCUGUCGUACCGGGGACUGCUGCCGUUGAGCAGGCUCACCUACUGCGCCUACCUCGUACACCCCACCAUCAUGAUGUACACCUGCUUUCUUCUGGAUGGACCCUUCCAUUUGCAGAACUCUAUGGUGAUAAUUUCUUACUCGGGGUACGCGGUGAUGGCGUUUGUCACGUCGUUCGUGAUCUCGCUGGCGUUCGAAGCGCCCGUCGUGCGGCUGCUCAAGAUCGUCAGCGGUGGACACCGCAAAAGCAAAAGCCAUUAAUACGCUUCAUCUAGUUGUAAUAAUAUUUAGACGCGGUAAAUAGCUAGAAUAAGUUAAGCGUUUUGCUUGUCCAUAUUGGAACGUAACUAUGUACUGAGCUAUUUGUGGUAGCAGCGUAGGUUUAUUUAUACAUACAUUUUUAAUCCAUGACGUGGUCACCUUACAUAAUAAUAAAGUAUGCGGCGGCGUUGCAUUGUACAGUGGACUGCAGCCGAACCUGGACUAAAUUGAUAUGCAGGGCACGUGGAGAGCAAGGCUUUGCUAGUCGCAGUGUGCAAAUUGGGAAUUCGGCCUCUUUAGACCAACCAACGUAGGCGU